ACACGCCCACGGCUUGUGUAACACUCGGGGGCCGCGUGGCUGCCAGGCAGGGACCGAGAUUGGGACCGGCAUCGGCAUCAGGAUCGGGCCUCCAGCGGCUCCGGGCCAUGCUGAGGAUGCGGCGGGGACGCGGGAAGCGAAGCGCCGAGGUCACGGAGGUGCCGCCCGUGUCUCGCAGGAGGACGGAGGAGGAGGAGGCGAUACAGAACGCCCGUCGGAGGGCGGCCCCGUCCGUUCGAGAGUUCAAGUACAACAAAAAGCGGGUUCGCCUUGUCUCGCAGGGCUCGGACCUGAAGGAUGAUGCUCGGUGCAUCCUUUACUGGAUGUGCCGGGAUCAGCGAGUGCAAGAUAACUGGGCUUUCCUCUACGCCCAGCGCCUGGCCCUCAAACAGGAGCUGCCUCUGCACGUCUGCUUCUGCUUGGUGCCCAAAUUUCUGGAAGCCACCAUCCGCCACUACAGGUUCAUGCUGAAGGGCCUGCAGGAGGUAGCGGAGGAGUGUGCAGAGCUGAACAUCUCCUUCCACUUGCUGCUGGGCUAUGCCAAGGAUGUGCUGCCCACGUUUGUGGCAGAGCACGGCGUGGGUGGGCUGGUGACAGACUUCAGUCCCCUCCGCCUCCCCCGGCAGUGGGUAGAGGACGUCAGGGCGCGGUUGCCGGAGGAUGUGCCAUUUGCACAGGUUGAUGCCCACAACAUCGUGCCCUGUUGGGUUGCCUCCCCCAAGCAGGAGUACAGUGCCAGGACCAUCCGGGGCAAGAUCCACGCUCAGCUCCCCGAGUUCCUCACCGAGUUUCCUCCUGUUGUUCGUCACCCACAUCCGCCCUCCUGCCCAGCACAGCCCAUUGCUUGGGAGGCCUGUUAUUCCAGCUUGCAGGUGGACCACACCGUGAAGGAGGUGGAGUGGGCAACCCCUGGCACAGCUGCAGGGAUGGCUGUGCUGAAGUCCUUCAUUGCAGAGAGGCUGAAAUCCUUCAGCACCCACAGGAAUGAUCCCAACAAGGCGGCUCUCAGCAACCUAUCUCCAUGGCUUCACUUCGGCCAGGUUUCCACCCAAAGAGCCAUCCUGGAGGUGCAGAAACACCGGCGCAAUUACAAGGACUCAGUGGAUGCAUUCGUGGAGGAGGCUGUGGUGCGGAGGGAGCUGGCUGAAAACUUCUGCUACUACAAUGAGAACUACGACAGCGUGCAGGGUGCCUAUGACUGGGCGCAAACCACCCUGAAGCUCCACGCCAAAGACAAGAGGCCUUAUCUGUACAGCCUGCAGGAGCUGGAGCAGGGGACCACGCAUGACCCGCUCUGGAAUGCUGCCCAGCUGCAGAUGGUCCAGGAGGGCAAGAUGCACGGCUUCCUGCGGAUGUACUGGGCCAAGAAGAUCCUGGAGUGGACACGCUCCCCUGAGGAGGCCCUGCAGUUUGCCAUCUACCUCAAUGACCGCUACGAGCUGGAUGGGAGGGACCCCAAUGGAUACGUGGGCUGCCUGUGGUCCAUCUGUGGCAUUCACGACCAGGGCUGGGCGGAGCGGCCCAUCUUUGGGAAGAUUCGCUACAUGAACUACGCCGGCUGCAAGCGCAAGUUUGAUGUGGACCAGUUUGAGCGUCGCUACACUCCCACACACUCCCAGUGAUCCUCUGUGCUGGGGCAGAUGUGCCUUUGCCAAGCUGCGGCUUGCAGGGAUCACCCAGGGCAGGGAUCACCCUGGGAUAUCGAAGGGCUCCCUGUAGCAAACUCCUGGGUUUUGCAGGUCUUUGCCAUCACCCACUGCUCGAGUUGGCACACUGGGGCAGCUGCUGGAGCCCUUCUGCUGCCACAGGUUUGCUGGAGCUGUCAGAGCCCAUCCUCAGCAUGCCUGUGCCUGCCAGAAACCUUUUCUACAACCACUGUCCUCAGGAGUAUCCCAGGUCACCAUUGCUGCUGGUAAGUGCAGCUGAGAUUUGAGCUGAGCUGGCUGCUUCUAGGGAAAAGCCCCCAUGAAGAGGCUCUUCAUGGAGCCAGUGCUGGGCUGUCAGAUGUAUUUUUUAACAGUUGUUUUAAAGUUUACAUUUUCUAUCACCUUUGUUGAUGGUGUUUAUGGGAUGCACAACACUGCUGUGCAGGGAGAGCUGAAUGGCAUGGAAUGGGAAUGCAAGCACAGACAGGGCAGCCAGGGCCAGCAGAAAAGGCAGGCUCUUGAAGGCGCAGGCAUUACAGAGAGCUCCUCACUCAGUGGCUUGUAUUGCCUGCCGUGAGGCCAGUGAGCAGUUUGCAGGGGGAGGCCACAAACCAGAUUAAUCAGUUAGGGGGUAGUGACAGCAACCUCCUCCCAGUGACUGCAUCACCAGCUGCACAAGCUGUCCCUUCCAUUGCUCCUUGCCAUCAGCAGCAGGCCCUGCCUGCCCCAUCACCUCAAGGUACCAUACAAACCAUUACCCCACCUUAAACAAUGUCAUAACACAACCAGACUCCUUAUUAACUUAGUUUAUUGAGGACGGCAUUUUAAUUGCUGUGCAAUUACAAUCCCAUUGUGAGGGCUCCAGUUGAUGGCCAGGGCAGCCCCCAGCUCUCCCUCCCAAAGAGCCCCCUGUCUUGGCCAGUUCCAGUGUUAGUUGUAGUGGUCAGUGCUGGGCAGCAGUGUCAGUGCUGGGCACAAUUUUGCCCUGGAGACCUGUGCCAGGUUUGUGAGUCCUGCUGCUUCCACACACAGUCCAUGGCGGAGGGUGGAAACCAUAACUAAGCCAGAAUUCCUUCCCUCUUCUCAAAAAGAACUCAGUGCUUCUAGAAAGGGAUCUGAGCAGCCUGUCAGCUGUUGUCCCAUGACAUUAAAGUGCUUCAAACAAAAUAGGGUGGUGGAUGGAGGUGUGCUGCUGAGGCAACUCCGGGAUGCUGCUGAGGCAACUCCAGGGAAGGGGGUCCUAAGUCCUGCAGCAGCAGGAGGGCUUGGCUUGGGCUUGGGGACAGGCAAGACCAAGUCAGACCAGCAUCUGGCAGCCCCAGAGAUGGCAGAGAUGGAGUCAGCAGAAGAGCAGCUGCACUGCUGGGGAAAACGAGCAGAAGCAAGACACAAGGCAGCAAAAACUCCAGGGGAGCAAGUGGGGAGCUGAACCCUGCUUUCAGGACUUCAUCAGGAUGCUGCAGGCAGGGCAGAGAUGCUGCUGUGCAGCUGCCCAGCCCUCAGCAGCAAGGUUUGCAGCCACCUCUCCUGGUCCCAGCCCCUUCCCCUCUCCCCAGCCCUGCCAGCCCCACAGGGAGGGCCCAUGAGGUCACAUCCCAGCCUCAAAUCAGGGCUAAAAGAGCCACUGCCCCUUAAGGCCUCCUGCCAGUGCAUUUCUCCCUGGUCCCUCAACACCCUCCUUGCACGUACACAGGCCACACCAUCCUUCCUAACACCCCACAUCCCACCUGUGCUGAGGUGCUGCUGGAUAUGUCAUGGCUAAAGCAUCCCCCUACACUGCAGAGGCACCUCCUCAACUUGUCCCACUGGCUCUGACCCUGACCCUGCAGAGCUGUCACUUGUGGCAGGUGGCUCUGCAUCAGUGAGGAACCAGUCCUUGGCAGCACCUCAGUGCCAAACUCCUCUCCCUCAGGUAUCCCCAUUGCAAGCAGGCUGCCUGACCAUCCCACCACAGCACAGCUGGGAAGCUCCAAGGCUUGCCUGGCUCAGGGACCCUUCCUCCCCUAAGGGAAGCAGGAGAUCCUGCUAGAGAGGGAACCAGCUCCAUCCAGGGGUGAGGAGCAGGACAGCCCUGGAGAUUUUAGACUGGUGAGUCCCAAGCAGAUCCCAUGCCCCCUAAGCAGGCAUUUCAAGCAGCACCUCCAUGAGGGGGAACACACAGUUAAAAAUACAAACAACCACAUUAAAAAAAUAAACCAAGUCCAGCAGAUUAAAAAAAAACAAAAACCAACAACCUAAAACAAUAAACCAAGACAGAGGCUUGAGGAUGCAGCUGGAAGGAUGAGCCUCCACCUGCAUCCCAACAGGUCUCAGGCAGAGGCAGCUCCACACAAGGCAGGUCCUGGUGCCAACAGUGAGGUCCCAUGUCAUCCUUAAAGAAGGACAGAUUGGCAGCACGAGGAGGAAGUAGGGUCAGAAGCUUCACCAUAUCCCAUGGAAGCAGAUUUCCAUGGAGCCAUGGGGAUCUGCCUGCCAAAAGUCCAUCACCACAUCCACUUGUGCAGCUGCUCCAGGGGCAAUAUCCCUCUGCAGCACAGGGAAAUCUGGCACAUUCAUCACUGCCACCUCCUCCGCUGACUCUGGAGUGACUGCUCUCCAGCAGUGUCCCACAGCACAUUUGAGAAAGGGAGCUGUUAAAUACACAACCAACCCCAAACCCCACCCUCCCUCCAUGCACACAACCCCCAGCAGCAAAAUGGAGGAUCAGAGGACUGAGACUCGAUUCCCUCCUCCAAGGAGCAGAUGUGACCAGAGUUUCCAAGUAUACAGCUGAUGAGCAGGAAGCGCUGACCCUUCAGGGGACCCUGCUUGGCUUGGAGCAGGGCACAGGGAUGGACAGCACAACUCUGCUGGGUCCAGCAUGAACAACUGCUCAGAAAAGGUCCCUGUUCUGCCUGCAGGAUAGGCAGGAGAAGCUGCCUCCCUUCAAGCAAAGGCAUCAGGGAGUGGGAGUGGUACUUGGAGCAGAUCCACAUGGUGGAAUAUGCUCCUUUCCCCGCCCAGCACUAUUGCAUGAGGAAGAAGAGAUCCCUUCAAGACAGUGCUGCAGGCCUCCCAACAGUCCUCCUCAUCCCCAGUCCACCUGGCUCAGUCUCUGGUGAUGAAGGCCAUGCACAUAAAUAAACCCAUGAUCUGCUCCUUG